UUCCGCGGCUGCACCGACAUCGAUGAGUGCACCGCAUUGGAAAAGCCCUGCGGUACUUAUGCCAUCUGCGAGAAUGCCGCACCCGGUUACAACUGCAAGUGUCCGCAAGGCUUCGAUGGAAAACCCGAUCCGAAAGUCGCUUGUGAGCAAGUCGAUGUGAAUAUCCUCUGUCGCAGCAGUUUUGAUUGCACCAACAAUGCGGAAUGUAUCGAAAAUCAAUGUUUCUGUUUGGAUGGCUUCGAACCGAUCGGCUCCAGUUGUGUCGACAUCGAUGAGUGUCGCACGCAUGCGGACGCCUGUGGAGCGCAUGCGCAAUGCAUAAAUACACCUGGUUCGUUCCGUUGCGAUUGUGAAGCUGGCUUUGUGGGCACACCCCCACGCAUCGGCUGCAAGGAACCCUGUGAGGAUGUACAUUGUGGCGAGCAUGCUUACUGCAAGCCAGAUGGCAAUGAAGCUUACUGCAUCUGCGAAGAUGGUUGGACGUUCAAUCCAAGUGACAUUUCAGCUGGUUGCAUAGACAUCGACGAAUGUGAUACGGUACAUGGUCCCUACGGCAGUUGUGGCGUAAAUGCAACAUGCACGAAUACGUUAGGCAGCUUUAGCUGCACGUGCCCAUCGGGCUUCUCUGGCGAUCCGCACGCCAAAUGUGUGGACGUGGAUGAAUGUCGCGUGGGCAGCAAGUGCGGCGAAGGCGCGGAAUGUGUUAAUAUGAAUGGCGGUUAUACCUGUCGCUGUCCAGCGGAUUCAAUCGCUGAUCCAGAUCCCACGGUACGUUGCGUGCCGAUUGUUACAUGCGCCGUAGACAAAGAUUGUCCAGGCAAUGCAAUAUGUGAUGCGGAAAAACGUUGCCUCUGCCCACAGCCAAAUAUCGGCAAUGAUUGUCGUCAUCCCUGCGAAGCGGUUAAUUGUGGCUCGCAUGCGCAAUGCAUGUUGGCUAACGGACAAGCGCAGUGCUUGUGUGUCGAGGGUUACACGGGUAGCCCGAACACGCCUGGCGGCUGUAAUGAUAUCGACGAAUGCAAGGCGAACCCAUGUCAGGCGAAUGCCAUCUGUACGAAUACACCCGGCGGCUAUCUGUGUCAGUGCCCGAGCGGCACAAGCGGCGAUCCCUAUCGAGAAGGUUGCACCGCUGGCAAAGUCGCUUUCACUUGCUCCGACUCAAAUCCCUGCUCACCAGGUGAAACUUGCGUCACAGAUUCAUACACUGGCAAUGGUGUUUGCAUUUGUCGACAAGGUUACGAACGCAAUGCGGAGACGGGACAGUGUCAAGAUGUGGAUGAGUGCUCACCGAGUCGGCAGAAAGCAGCUUGCGGUCUCAACGCGCUUUGCAAGAACUUACCGGGCAGUUACGAAUGUAAGUGCCCACAAGGCUUUAGCGGCAACCCGUUCGUCAUGUGCGAGCAAUGCAAAUCACCGGAAUGUCAAUGCCAACCACCUUACAAAUUGGUGGGCAACAGCUGCAUACUCGCCGAUUGCUCGACAGAUAAGAAAUGUCCAGGUGGUGCGGAGUGUAUUUCCAUUGCUGGCGGCGUCAGCUACUGCGCUUGCCCGAAAGGCUACAAAACAGGCCCGGAUGGCUCUUGCAUCGACGUGGAUGAGUGCGUUGAACGCGACGCGCAAGUAUGCGCUUUUGGGGCUGAGUGUAUCAACAUCCCUGGUGGCUUUACCUGCGCCUGCCCGGAUGGGUACAACGGCGAUCCAUAUCACGGACUGUGUGCGCCAGCGCAACGUAAGUGUGCCGCCGAUAAGGAAUGUGGCACGAACGAGAAAUGUGUGCAACCUGGCGAAUGUGUUUGCCCACCACCUUUCUUCCUGGAUCCCUACGAUAAUAACAAAUGCAAAAGUCCUUGUGAACGAUUUCCUUGUGGCAUUAACGCGAAGUGUACACCAACAGACCCACCACAGUGUAUGUGCGAACCUGGUUUCAAAGGAGAUCCGCUUAUGGGCUGUACGGACGAGGAUGAGUGUGCUCAUUUGCCUUGCGCUUAUGGCGCUUAUUGUGUUAAUAAGAAGGGUGGCUAUCAAUGUGUCUGCCCGAAAGGUUUCACUGGCGAUCCAUACAAAAGCGGUUGUAUACUGGAGACCGGCGUGCCCAAGAGCACCUGCACAAGCAACGAAGAUUGCGCUAGCAAUCUGGCCUGCGUGGAGGGCACUUGCGUGUCGCCGUGCUCCAGUCUACUGUGCGGCCCCAACGCAUUCUGCGAGACAGAAAACCAUGCAGGCUGGUGUCGUUGCCGCGUUGGUUAUAGCAAAGAUCCGAACGGCGACUGUGUCUCUCAAUGUAAGGAUAUCAUUUGCGGCGGAGGCGCGCUCUGCAUACCAACUUCGGACGGUCCUACUUGCAAGUGUCCACAAGGUUACUUCGGUAAUCCAUUCCCUGGCGGUUCCUGUACAACGGAUCAAUGUAGCGCAUCACGACCUUGCGCUGGACGACAAGUUUGUAUCAAUGGCCGCUGUAAAGAGCGUUGCGACGGCGUGGUAUGUGGCACUGGCGCCACCUGCGACAAGAGUAGUGGAAAAUGUGUUUGCGAACCCAACUUCAUUGGCAAUCCAGAUCUCGUGUGUGUGCCGCCUGUUAAAAAUGCCGAAUGUGAGCCAAAGUGUGGCGAGAAUGCGCAUUGUGAAUAUGGUUUCGGCAACAGCGUAUGCGCUUGCAAUCCUGGCACAACUGGCAAUCCAUAUGAAGGUUGCGGACCACAAAGCAAAAAUAUCUGCGCACCCAAUAGCUGUGGACCGAAUGCUGAGUGCCGCUCUGAUGGCCAACAAAUUAGUUGCAUCUGCCCGCAAGGCUUCACCGGUAAUGCAUACGUGGGUUGCCAAGAUGUGGAUGAGUGCGUGAACAAACCAUGUGGCCUAAAUGCUGCUUGCCUCAACUCAAACGGAGGUUUUGAAUGUCUCUGCUUAUCUGGCUUCGCCGGUGAUCCGUUCAGCAGCUGUCAGCCAGUAGAUAGUGUUUUCUGCAGCGAUGCUGAGCGGUGUGAGUGCAGCGCGCGUGUGGAAUGCCCCGACGGCUUUACUUGCGAGAGUGGAAGGUGUAAAAAUCUGUGCUCCAAAACUGCCUGCGGUCCCAGGGCCGUCUGCGAUGGCGGUAAGUGUAUCUGUCCACUCGGGUACAUCGGCGACCCGCAUGACACCAACACUGGUUGCACCAUUCGUGGUCAAUGCAACAACGACGGGGACUGUAAGCACUCCGAAAUUUGUUUCCAACUGGGCAAAGGUUUGCGUAAGUGCGUCGAUGCUUGCUCAAAGAUACAGUGUGGCCCCAAUGCGCUUUGUGUAUCAAACGAUCAUCGAUCUUCUUGCAUAUGCACUGAUGGCUACUUCGGCAACCCCAGCAACUUGCAAGUCGGUUGUCAACCAGAACGAAAGGUGCCGGAUAUUGAAGAUAAAUGCAAAACAGAUAAUGACUGUGAGGCUGGAUUUUCAUGCGCACCCGAUAUGCAGGGUACAAGAGAAUGCAUCAAUCGAUGCACGAAAGUUGUUUGUGGCACGAAUGAGGUAUGCAACAUCGAUGCGAAUGGACAUGCGCUAUGCAAUUGCGCAGACAGUUUUGUUUGGAAUCCGGUUACUUCAUCGUGCGAGAAGCCCACACUGCCAGACUGCACCAGCGAUAAGGACUGUCCAACGGCUGCCGCCUGUCGACCAGAUGUGGUAGGUGUACUUAAAUGUGUUUCUCUCUGCGACGAGUUCACCUGCCCGGCAAAUUCCGUCUGUGUGGCGCGCAAUCAUCAAGGACGCUGUGACUGUCUUUCCGGCUUUGUCGGUAAUCCGAAUGAUCGCAAUGGCUGUCAGCCGGUGGUCAAAAAUCAAUGUCGCACCAAUGCUGAGUGUGCUGAAUCGGAAGCUUGUAUUAAAUAUGGACCUAGCGAAAGUCUCACUUGCCGUCCGGCUUGUGAAAGCGUCAAGUGCGGACCACGUGCGGUUUGUAUCACCAACAAUCACCUCGCUCAAUGUCAGUGUCCACCUGGCCCAUAUGCAGGCGAUCCAAAUGACCCCUUCAAUGGGUGUCAGAGUGUGCCUUGUGUCUACAAUCACGACUGUCCGCCAACGAAAAUGUGCAACCGCAUGACACACACUUGCUACGAUGUUUGUGACGAGGAGUCCUGUGGCGAGAAUGCUAUUUGCAUUGCUGAAGAUCAUCGCGCUGUGUGCCAAUGCCCACCAGGCUUCAAAGGAAAUCCCAUGCCAGAGGUGGAGUGCACCAAAAUAAGUGGCUGUCUUGCGGGUACUUGCCAUCAUUCCGCCAUUUGCGAGGUAACACCGUCUGGCCCAAUAUGUCGCUGCCCCGAAAACUUUAUUGGCGAUCCGGAAACCACAGGCUGCCGUCCCGAUAGUCAAUGUCCCAAUGGCGAUGCCGAUUGUCCAGUGAAUACCAUAUGCGCUGGUGGCCGCUGCAUUGAUCCUUGCGAUAACGCCUGCGGUCAAAACGCCGAAUGUAAGGUUGUUAACCGUAAGCCUGUUUGUAGCUGUCCACUGAAAUUCCAACAGAGCGGCGAGUCGCCUAAAGAGGGAUGCGUGCGCUCAGUUUCAAGAUGUCGGUCUGACAUCGACUGCGGCGGUGAAAUCUGUUACAACGGUCAAUGCCGCGUGGCAUGUCGCAAUGCGGACGACUGCUCGACAGGAGAAAAAUGCUUAAACAAUAUUUGUGUAAUUCCUUGCUUGGACCACAGCCAAUGCACAUCGGGUUUGGCUUGUUUGGAAGGCCUGUGCGUUAUUGGCUGCCGUAGUAAUAAAGACUGCUCCGCCGAUCAAUCCUGUAUCAACAACAAAUGCGACGACCCUUGCAAGACGGGCGGCAUCUGCGGUCCAAAUGCGCUAUGCAGCAUCGACAAACAUCUCAGUCAGUGCACGUGCCCAGAAGGCUUCGAAGGCAACCCAACAGCCGAUCAAGGUUGCGUUCGCGUACCAGCACCUUGCUUAGCCACCAAUCAGUGUCCCAACGGUCAUAUGUGCAUUGGAAAUCAGUGCAACCUGCCGUGUCAGAAGAACUCAGUUUGUGCUAUUGGCGAACGCUGUUACCAGAAUGUCUGCCGCAAGGUUUGUUACACCAGCAACAACUGCCUGCCAGGCGAAAUUUGCAACAAUGACGGCACCUGCCAGCCGGGCUGCGACUCCGAUGCCGAUUGUCCGCCGACUGAGCUUUGCCUGAGCGGCAAGUGUAAGUGCGCGUCCGGUUUCAUUGGCACGCCUUUUGGCUGCUCUGACAUUGACGAAUGCACAGAGGAACCUUGCCAUCUGACAGCGCGCUGCGAGAACAUACCCGGCUCUUACCGUUGCAUAUGCCCCGAUGGUACCGUAGGCGAUGGGCUCUCUCAACAAGGCUGCAUCGCUCCCAAAGAAUGCUACAGGGAUCAGGAUUGCGCAAACAAUCUAUCCUGCGUUAACGACAAAUGUACGGAACCCUGCACGAAUACCACCUGCGGACCGCAUGCGCUGUGUAUUGCUGAAAAUCAUCAGGCUGCUUGUGACUGCCCACCCGGUCAUUUGGGCGACCCCAGCGAACAUACGGUCGGCUGCUUCAAAGUCGAAUGCAUCGUCAACGAAGACUGCGCUAGUGACAAGGCAUGCGAUAGUGAAACCAAUCGUUGCAUCAAACCCUGCGAUCUAAUAUCUUGCGGUAAAGGCACCUGUAAUGUUGCCAAUCACGAAGCGCUUUGUUCCUGCUAUGAGGGCUAUCAGCUCGUCAACGGUGAAUGCGAGGAUAUUGACGAAUGUCUGUCAAAACCUUGCCACAGCACCGCCAUGUGCCAAAAUCAUCCCGGCAGCUACCAGUGUCUAUGUCGCGAAGGACUCAUAGGCGAUCCAAUCAAUGUGGGUUGCCGUGACCCCAACGAAUGUCUCACCGACUCGGACUGUCCUUCCAGCGCAAGCUGUCAAAAUUCGCGCUGUCGCAGUCCUUGUGAGCGCGAGAAUGCCUGCGGUCGUAAUGCUACCUGCUCGGCGCAAUCACACAAUGCCAUCUGCACUUGCCCAUCUAAUGCGCGCGGUGAUCCAUCCAUCGAAUGUGUCUAUAUCGAGUGCUCCGACAAUGAGGACUGCGCCAAUGAGAAGGCUUGCUUGGAAUCGAAAUGUGUGGACCCAUGUACGCUACCGAAUGUUUGUGGUGCAAAUGCACGUUGUACCGCACAGAAUCACAUAGGCGUGUGUACUUGCGAAACUGGCACAACCGGUGAUGCACAACUCGGCUGCGUAGCGCUACAAUACUGCAACACAGACAGCCAAUGCGCCUCGGGUACAAUUUGCACCAAUGGCAUAUGCGCUACGCUUUGCUCUUCCGUGCGCGAUUGUAUCUCCGAUCAGCUGUGCAUACAAGGCGUGUGUCAACCCACAUGCCGCACAAAUUCAUCCUGCCCCGAAUUCCAGUAUUGUCUCAACAAUAUUUGCACCAAAGAGGUGCUCUGCGGCAACGACGAUGACUGCGAUGUGAACGAAAAUUGCAUACAGGAUAACUAUGGUCGCGCUUCGUGCGAGAAUGUAUGUCUAGGACGCGCCAUUUGUGGACGCAACGCCGAGUGUAUUGCGCGCAGCCAUGCGCCCGAUUGUGAAUGUAAGGAAGGCUUCUUCGGCGAUCCAAAGAGCGGUUGCCGCAAAAUUGAAUGUAACACAGACGCAGAGUGUUCGCACGACAAGACCUGCGACAAUCACAUGUGCAAGAUAGCUUGUCUCAUUGGCGAACCAUGUGGCGAUAAUGCACUCUGCACUACAGAAAAUCACAAACAAAUAUGCCAUUGUCAACCGGGCUAUACCGGUGAUCCGAGUGUGCGUUGUGACGUUAUCGACUUUUGUAACGAUGCGCCGUGCGGUCCAGGUGCACGUUGCCGCAAUUCGCGUGGCUCUUUCAAAUGUACCUGUCCUCCCGGUUUGGUUGGUGAUCCCUACAAUGAAGGUUGUCGCACCGCGGUGGAGUGUGAAACUAGCGAUGAUUGUCCCCCGCAUGCUGAGUGCACGAAAAUUAACGGUAUAACCAAGUGUCAAGAUGUUUGUGCGAAUGUUAAGUGUGGCACGAAUGCCGAAUGCAUACCCAAAGGUCAUCAAGCUCAUUGUGCAUGCCGUAAUGGCUACGAUGAUAAUCCCGCUGAUCGGGUUACCGGUUGUAAGCCACUACCCGUACCAUGUCAAAUGACCAGCGACUGCUCGACAAAUACCUACUGUUCGGAUAGUAUUUGUAAACCUGCCUGCAUACUUGACACCGAAUGCGGCUCAUCGGAGGUAUGUCAAGGUGGCCAAUGUAUCAAUCCCUGCCUGCAGGCACAAGCUUGCGGCAUGAAUGCCGAAUGUCACAUACAAACACAUUACAAGCAAUGCUCUUGCCCAGCCGGUUUCACCGGUAACCCAGAUGUCGAAUGUGUACGCAUACCCGUGGCCUGUGCUAGCGAUGCGGAAUGCCAUGAUGGCUACAACUGCCACGACUCAAUGUGUCAACCGGCUUGUCAAAACGAUCAGGAUUGUGCAUUGAAUGAAAAGUGUCUACGCGGUAGCUGUAUGCUGACAUGUCGCGUGGACAACGACUGCUUCCUCGGACAUGUUUGCUUGCACAACAAGUGCGUAUAUGGCUGUCGUACCGAUGACGAUUGUAGCGCUUCUGAAUCCUGUCGCCAAGACAAGUGCACCAACCCCUGCCUGGAGAAUCCUUGCGGCCCGAAUGCCGCUUGCUCGGUGUCUAAUCAUCGCGCCAUUUGCAGCUGCCUUGAUGGCAUGGUACCGAGUCCUACACCACAGGUCGGUUGCGUGCGCAGUCCGCCUCUGGGCUGUAAUGAAAACCGCGAUUGUGCAAAUGGUUUGGCUUGCUUUGAGUUUGCCUGCCGUCCGUUGUGCGCCGAUAAUGCUGGUUGUCUUUCGAAUGAACGCUGCCAAGGUGGCGUGUGUAAACCACUCUGUCGACGUGAUGAUGACUGCCGCAACAGCGAAGUUUGCUUGGGACUGACGUGCGUAGCUGGUUGCCGCUCGGAUCAGGGCUGUCCGCAUGAACUGUCGUGUGUCAAUCAACAGUGCGUGAAUCCUUGCGCCGAACCAGCAGCCUGCGGCACGAAUGCUGAAUGUCUAGUGAUCGACCAUCAUAAGCAAUGCGAAUGCCCGCAGGGUCUUGUCGGCAAUGCGGAAGUGUCAUGCAAAACGCCACGCAUUGCUUGUACGCACAAUGAAGACUGCGGUGGCACUCAACUAUGCUACGGCGGCAGUUGCCAAGGAAAAUGUCGCAACGAUCAGAAUUGUUUGGCGGAUGAGCGCUGCAUGCGCGGCACUUGUCGUACAGUUUGCAACACCGACUCUGCCUGCGCGCAAGGACAAAUCUGCGAAAAUCGUGUCUGCCAAAUCGGCUGUCGCAACGAUCUUACCUGCCCCAGCGAUGAGGCGUGCAUCAACAAAAAAUGCAAAAAUCCCUGUGAUGCGCCAGGACAAUGUGGACAAUGCGCCAAUUGCUUGGUGGUCAACCAUGGCGUGCAGUGUAGCUGUCCGAAUGGAUUCCUCGGCGAUGGACUUAGCGGUUGUCAACAGCCGCCACAACGCUGCAAUCCCAGCUGUCAAUGUGAUGAAACGAACACCUACUGCGCUGACUCGUGCACACACUCGGACGACUGCGCUUGCGGUCAAGUGUGCGCGCGUGGCAAAUGCCGUCAAAAGUGUAGCGCCGGGCGUAACUGCCCACUCGGACAACUCUGUGAACGCGGCACCUGUCUUGCCGGCUGCAAGACAAACUCCGACUGCCCCACUGAUCAGAGUUGCCUCAGUGGCAAAUGCGCUGAUCCUUGUGCAGACAAGUCAGCUUGUGGACGUAAUGCCCUCUGCACCGUAUCCGAUCAUCGCAUGCUUUGCUACUGCCCCGAUGGCUAUGAGGGUGAACCGAGCAAGGAGUGCGUACAAUUCGAAUGCGCGCAAGAUGCCGACUGUGAACCGAAUAAGCGCUGUGAUGCGGGUAAAUGUCGCAACCCCUGUUUGGAAUAUGGCGCGUGCGGUGUCAAUGCGCAAUGUCGUGUUGUGGAUCGCAAACCACAAUGCUCAUGUCCACCGGACUACUUUGGCAGUCCCGAAACGGAGUGUCGUCCAUUGGAUGGUGGUUGCGCAAAUCAUCCCUGCGGCGCUAAUUCUAAAUGCACGGAAGUACCUGGCGGUUAUGAGUGUGCCUGCCUGGACGGUUGUAUGGGUGAUGCGCACAAGGGAUGCGUCUGCGAAGGACAUCUGGUGAAUGCAUGCGCCGAACAACCAUGCGGGCAGAAUUCGGCUUGCCGCGUGCUCGAUCACAACGAAGCGCAAUGCUAUUGCCCCGAGGAGUCCCCGUACGGCGAUGCGUAUGUGCAAUGUUACUUAACGCCACCACAAGAAGACUGCCGCACUCAGGGUUGCAUUACAGGCGAAUGCAUACGCAAAGGCGUCGACUAUGUCUGUCGGCACGACACCGAACAAUGCACAUCAGACGUCGAAUGUCCCAGUGAGAAAUCAUGCCUGCAAGGACACUGUGUUGAUCCUUGUUCGGUGCGUGGCGUUUGUGGCGCUAACGCGCUUUGCAAAAGCGUACUACAUCGACCGCGUUGUUCCUGCCCCAGUUGCUAUAUUGGACGUCCCGAAGUGGAAUGUAAGCCUGAUCCCAAGUGCACAGAUGUCACGGCGCUGCAACCACGUGAUCCACAGCAGCAAAUACCCUGCACGCAGGAUAGCGAUUGUCCCGACACGCUACAAUGUAGUCACUAUGGCCAAUGCGCCGAUCCUUGCCAGAAUCCGCUCUUUAUUUGUGGCGGCAGCAAGAAAUGUGAAACGAGACGCCAUCAACCGGUAUGCGUCUGCAAGUCUGGCUUUAUUGUUAACGAAUAUGGUGAACUGACAUGUGCGCCUGAGAAGCGUGAAUGCUAUCGCGAUGAUGAUUGUGCCUCGAAUAUGGCUUGUAGUGAGGGUAAAUGUCGUAGUCCGUGCGUAGUGCCGGUAGGUAGACAGCCUAUUUGCGCUGAAAAUAAAUCAUGUGAAGUGCAAGAUCACAAGCCGGUGUGUAUAUGUAUGAAGGAUUGCCAGCCGUCAAUAUCGAUUUGUCUGCGUGACGCGGGCUGUCCGUCGGGACUGGCAUGCCGCUCAUAUCAGUGCGUAAAUCCGUGCGAUUUUGCAACGUGUGCGCCCAAUUCGCCAUGCAUCGUCGAGGAUCAUAAGCCGAUUUGUAAAUUCUGCCCGCCUGGAUUUAUAGCCGAUGCCAAGAAUGGAUGUCAAAAAGGUAAAGCAUACGUCUAGAGUUGUAUAAGUGUGAAAAAUGUAAACUACUACCAAAGCAAAAAAAAAGCAACAAAAAAACGCAAAACCUCUAUCUGUCUCUGUCUGUCACACGCUCUAUCCAACUCUCCUCCAAUUUUUUUUCACGCUCGCUAAUA